CCAAAAACAGAAAAAAGUUUCUUUACUCUUUGAGCUCUCUCUAGAAAAAAUAUAUAUAUAUAAAUCUUUUGAUCCAGUCUCCACUCCACACUUUCUUAAUAAUCUUAGGUUUGUCCUCUUUUUUUUUUUUUCUUUCUUUUUCUAGAAACUUAUUAAACUCGUGUAACUUUAUGCCUAAUUCUCCAUAUUUCUAAGUUCAAGAUACAACAAUAUAUAUAUAUAUAUAUUUUGCAAUCUCUUGAUAUUCGUUCUGGUGAGAGAAAGAUGGGGUCUUCUUAAUCUAAAUUGAGACACCACUGUUGUUCAACACCCUCUCCCCCCUUAUCCUCGAGUUUUCGUUACUUCCCAUUUUUAUGUAUAAAAGAGCCGCAAUUUCAGCUAAGUUUUUUUCCGGGAAAAUCCGGUGAGAAGAAACUUAAAAAAAGGGUAGCUUUCUUCUUUUAUUUUAUUUUCGUGGAAAACAGCUAAAAAGUUGUAAAAAAUAUUGGUUUCUUAUUAAUUGAUCCCUCCAGCUGCAUUAUCAGAUUUUCCCAAGUAUCGGAUCAGAUUCUAUAAAAGUGUCAACUGUUGUUAAAUGGAGAGAAACUGUCGGAGAAGUCUUAAAAGAGAAGGCAUAAAUGGAAUAGGGUGUAUGUGGGUGUUCAUCAGUCUCUUUGGAUCUAAUCACAAACGUCUCUUGAUGGAUACCAAACAUGGAAGCAAACGGCUUCCAGGUGGUGAGAUGAAGCAGCUUACUUGUUCUUGUGAGAGCUCCUCUCAUGAGAGUGUUGACAAACUCUCUGAUGACGAGGAGGAUAUCGAUGUUUCUAUCGCUGGUGAUGAGCAUGUAGAGACUGCUCAGGUUUGUAAGAGUACUUCAGGUGAUGCUGAUUCUGAAGAGAAAUUCAAAGAGAUUAUCAAACGGUUGAUAGCUCAGAAAGAAGGAGAGAUCCAAACUUGUAAGGACUUGUUGGAGGCUUUUCAUGUUUUUGGUUCUGAAGAAGAAUCAUUCAUGAAGAAGAUUUCAUAUGAAGAUGCUCAAAGCUUUGGAGGAGAUUCUAAGAGAGUACAAGAAGAAAAGCCUGAAGUAGUCUCGAAGCAAGAGGCCGUGGUAUUACCAAAGAAGAAACCUACCUUUUUCAGCAGGAAAUGGAAAUCAGAAGAAAGGAGAAACAGAUCUCAAGUUGCUAAAACAAUUGUGGUUUUGAAACCUGGUCCAAGUAGUUUGAAUCUUGAUUCAUCAUCUGGACCUCAUUCUAAUGGCAACAAGUCUAAAACCGGGAGAACCUUUUCUCGCUUUUUUAUCGGUUUAAUCAAAAGAAGACUACAAUCUGCUGUUGGAAAGAAGUCAUGCGAUGAUCAUUCUGUUGAUAGGAGGAGCCCAAACUCUUGUAUGCAAGAAGAGAUACAGAGUAAAUCAGAGAAGCAUAUUUCAGAUGAAGAGAAACCUUUAUGUAAGGAAAAAAUGAGUGAGCCUGAUGAAGAGGAUAUUGUCCACACAAGGGAAGACUCAAAGAAGAUUAUGUCUGGCUUAUAUAUUGCAGCCAAGAAACACUUGUCUGAAAUGCUUGCAAAUGGAGAUAUUGACGUGAAUUUACCAGAUAAGGAAGUGCCAAGAAUCCUGGGGAAGAUUCUUUCUCUCCCUGAGUUUUGUUCACCAGCAGACAGUCCUAAGCUGAUCCCGGAACAUGAUUUGAUAAGCCAUCUAAGUCAGACUACUGAGAAACCAGAGAUUCUGCAAUGCAGUCCAGAUACAAAUGAUCUGAUUGAUGAAGAUUCAGAUAAAGACGGCGAUACUUUGUUUACCAUUGAUGUCUCAGUUCCUAGAGACAAUGGGAAGGAAACUGAGAAUAUAGACAAGGAAGAGAAGACUGAGAUAGAUCCACUAUCUGAAAUAUGUAGCUCUUCCGUUUCCCAGCAAGUCGAAAAUGUUGAUGAAGAUGUGCUCGAGUUUCCUGAAGAAGAUGUGAAAAAGGAAAUGUUCAAGCAAGCGCACCCACCGUCUUCUCCGCCAGGAUCUCCACCAAGUUCUUUAGUGAGCUUGACUGAAUGCAAAGAAACCACCACUGAUGUGCAAGGAAAGUUAAGUCCAGUGUCUGUGCUUGAGCCUCUGUUCCCAGAUGAUGAGAGUAGCCCAACAACAAGCACAAGUUUCAGUUCAGCUGGAAUGCGGAUGCAACCACUCUGUAUAAGAUUCGAUGAAGUUGAUUCUCCUAAACCAGAGAAAGACAACAAUGUCAAAACAAGCAUGGAUGACAAGAAUUUGACACUUGCAUACAUUGAAGCCAUUGUGAAAUCCGCAGGCUUGAGCUGGGAAGAGCUUUUAACGAGGCCCUUUUACUCGGAACAGCUUCUUGAGCCAGAAUUAACAGAUGACAUAGUUUUCUGUCCUACACAGCUCUGUGACGAUAAGAACCUCCUUUACGACUGUAUCAAUGAAAUUCUUAUGGAUUUCUGUUGGAAUGAACUCAAUCCCGGGCCUUGGAUUUCAUUCUUGAAACCUGAGGUUCAGCUAAUCUCAGACAUGGAAAUUGCAGCUAAAGUAGCACAAGAAGGAGUUUACUGGCAUCUCCUACCUUUGCCUUCCCCUCACACUUUAGAUCAGAUAGUGAAAAAAGAUAUGGCUAGAACUGGAAGCUGGAUGGAUCUCCGGUUUGAGAUCGGUUGUCUUGGUUCUUAUACAAGUGAAAUGAUCCUUGAUGAGUUAGUAGAAGAGAUCAUCAUAAGCUGCAGAGACAUGGUUCAAGUUGAAUCAAUGCAGGAACCCAACAGCGACAACCUGUGACAAGGCUCUUUCUUUUUAACCUUUUGUCUAUCCUGUACAGUUUCAUUGCCACCGCCAUGGUCAAAGCUCUCUAGUUGACCUUUUUGUGCAGCGGCACAACCACAGCUUUUUUUUAACAUAAACACAGACUUUAUUUCUUUCACUUCCAUACUCUGUUUUGUUUCCAGUUGCUUCUGUAGUUUACUCAGCCAAGAGAUUUUUUUGUAUGAGUAUGAACUAUAGAGUGUAAUAACACGAGGCUUGAACU